UUUUCACAAAAUGUUCAUUUAAAACAAAACAUGGCUUCAAAGUUUGAAUCAUCUAUUCACAGAGGUGGUGAUUUCAUCCAUGAUUUUACAUGUUCUCCGUGUGAAGAAAACGGACUUAACACGGAAGCUCAACAUUUUUGCAAAGAAUGUUCGAAAUAUUACUGCAACAAAUGUGCACCGGUUCACAAUACAUUAUAUAACAGGCACACGGUUUUUGGGCGCAAGGACCUGGACAACUGGGCAGGUUCAACGACGACGAUUUCAAAUGCUGUAGAGAUAUGCGAGAGACAUCCCGGCAAGUCAUUGGAACUAGUUUGUGAUGACCAUGAUCAACUAUGCUGUCACGUGUGCAUCGCUGUUGACCACAGGAAAUGUUCCAAGGUGCAGCACAUUCCAUAUCUUGCAAAGGGAAUCUACAAGGACGCCGACUUUAAAAGCCUGCCUGGCAAAGUUUCAGAACUUAGAAAACAACUUCAUGACAUGGAAGAAGCAAGAAAGGGAAAUACAGCAUCAUUGAAAACCACUAGGGCAGCCAUCCUAGACGAAAUUAAGGCUAUUCGGAAGAAGAUGAAUGAAAUCCUUGAUGACAUAGAAAGGACCACCAUUGAAGAAUUGAACUGCUUGGUAGAUAAGCUCGAAGAUAGGAUAAAAGAAGAUGGAGUAAAUUUUGCUCAAAUGGAUGACGAAUUAAAAUAUUUCGUGAACUUCAUUGAGGCCUCAAAUAGAAGAAAUAACGAACCCUCAUCAUAUAUCGGAUACAGGAAAUGCAAAGCUAAAAUAAGGGAAGUGAAUGGGCUCAUUCCACGUAGGUAUGAACUUGAUACUUACGCUGUAUCAUUUCGGGCUAAUAACGUACUGAAGGAAAUGCUGUCGUCGGUACGUACUUUUGGAGAAAUUGAAGAAUUAACCAUGGCGACCAAAUUAGCAUCAAGCCAACAUCUCGACCCAAACCAUGUCUUUAAGGAAACUGGAUAUAAAAAAUACAACGUUGCGUUGAGUACUGACAUUAAAGUUUGUUUAAUCGUUGAUAUAUGUGAGCUACCAGGUGGAGAAAUUGCCGUUUUAGACUUCAACAACCUUAAAGUGAAACUCCUGGAUCAAAAGUACGAGGUGGUCGACCACUGUGAUGUACCCCAAAAUCCAUUUAGCGUGUGUCACAUUGGAGGGAAUGACGCUGUCGUUUGUAUUGGCUUUGAGUGGCAGUUUAUCAAUAUCACGAAAGGAAAGAUCGUGAAAACAAAAAGGAUAAAUUGCACACACUCCUGUAGUGAUGUAGCUUAUCAUGGGGAUAUGCUUUACGUCUGCUCGGGCACCGCUCUGUACGUCUACAUGAAAUCUGGACAGAUGAUGCAAACGUUCUACGAGGACGAAUCGGGUGGUUUGACCGUUGAGAGAUGUUCGUUCAGAGGAGACGGCAACGUUGUGUACAUCACCGAUCGUGAGAACGCCCGAAUCAUUUGCCUUGACAGAAGUGGCAAUAAGCUGAAUACUUUCACUGACCCUGACAUGAGAGAACCUACCAGUAUACACGUGACGACAGCUGGACACGUGUUUGUCUCGACAGAUAAUCUAAUCCUGCAAAUCGACAAGAACGGAACGAGGAAGUUGGCCACAUUGCACGUAAAGAAAGAACAUUUAACAUCACCGCGGGCUUUGUUAUUCAGCAGCAGAACGUCCGGUCUAAUUGUGGGAGGAUACAGUAAUUCACUUCUGAAAAUUUCUUUGGAGUAAUGUCAGUAUUGAGUGAACAUUUUCAGGUACAACAUUGUGCAGGGACGUAUAUAACGUAUGAACGCUUUAAGGUUUCUUAAACUGACACAAACUGUACAUACUAAAUAAUAUAAAUUCGAACUUAUGUUCUCUAGUGUUUUAUACUUUAUUUCUCUUAUAAUGAGUUAAAAGAAACACUUUAUCCACAGUUUAAUUUUCAUGUCUUGUUAGCGUGAUUUUAUGGCGGCAAUAAUUUAUCUAUUGCGUUAUCGUGAUUGUAUGCUGUACAGACAAUGUUUUCUGCAGCACAUGCCGGAUAUAUGUUCUUUUGCCUUUAUACUAUGUAUCUUAUCAUGAUAACGAAAUAAUGUGUUUUAGUAAUAAUUUAUUACUUUAAAUACGUUAUUGUUAAUAUUAGAACUGUUGAAAUUGUUAGCUUGGUAUCUUUAAAAACCUAACCUGAUUCACAUUGUUCAUGCUAUAAUAGUUUCAAUGUAUCCACUGUGUUCCAUACACAUAAUAACUCGUACGUGUAUACGAAUAUAUAUAUAUAUGUAUAUUAACAUAUUUAAUUGCAUUUGAUUUCACAAUCGAUCGAUAGUCUUUAUCGUUGUGGUGCAAUAACUAUGUAAAAACAUAAAAUAUAAGUAUGGUUUAAAUUAUGGCAACAUUUCUCACAGCGGAUAAAUUCCUCCACUAUUAUGAACUGUAUAUUAUAUGUUUCAUACAAAAAAACAUAAAACAUUUUCUGACUACA